UUCAAGGGAAAGACGGGAUCUUGCACAAGGCACUCUGCGUCUGCCUCCGCCAGGGCAGGCUGCCAUGGGGCCUCUCGGGCUGCUCGUCCUGCUCUCCGUCACAGAGCUGUCCCGAGGCCUCAACACCACGGUGCUCCGGGGCCUGGCAGGCCAGUCCCUGCGGGUGUCCUGCCCCUAUGACUCCCGGAAGCACUGGGGGCGCCGCAAGGCCUGGUGCCGCCAGCUGGACGCCGAGGGUGGGGGCGAGGCCGACACCCUCAGGAAGGUCCUCGUGGAGGUGCUGGCCGACCCCCUCGAUGGCCAGGACCCCGGUGAGCUCUGGACCCCCGAGCAGUCCCAGAGCUUUGAGGACGCCCAGGUGGAGCACAGCAUCUCCAGGAGCCUCCCGGAAGAGAUCUCCUUCCCACCCACCUCCAUCCUUUUCCUCCUGGCCUGCAUCUUUCUCGGCAAGCUGCUCGCGGCCAGCGCCCUCUGGGCUGCGGCCUGGCGUGGGCAGACACGGGGGACACCCCCGGCCAGUGGGCCCGACUGUGACCCAGGUGACCAGCUCCAGACUGUGGCCAUGACAGGGCUGAGAGACACCUGAGAGGAGAGGACCCCACGUGAACAAGACGCCUGGAGGGGUCUGCGGGGACCACCCUGCCUGUGCACUCGCCCCUCGGCCACCAAGACUCCGGGUUCUGCUUUGGCAAAACACCACUUUGCCUGUCCUCUGCUUCCCCGGGCCCAGGGCUGUGUGUGUGUGUGUGUGUGUGUGUGUGUGUGUGUGUGUGUGUGUGAUGGACAGCAAACAUUCUCACAAAUAAAUCUGAGAUUGCAUGUUUAACUGGU